AUGGUGGAACUUGGUGUUGGUUUAGAAGUACAUAGAGAUGAAAAUGGAAAAGUGAAAGCAGAGGAGAUAACAAAAGCUAUAAAGAAUUUAAUAGUGGAGAAGAAAGGGGAAGAGUUAAGGGAAAAAUCAAGAAAAUUGAGUGAGAAGGUGAAAAGGGAAGAAGAAAGUUUAUUACCUUCUUUGCUUCUUGAUUGUCCCUCUUUUGCUUUGCUUUACUUUCUCAAAUUUAAGGUUGUGGUCCUUGCUGUGGUUCUAUUUGCCUCUACUUUUUAUUCACGAAAUGAAUAUCCAAGUAGAGGAAAAAAAAAAAUCCAUGAAAAUGGAAAAGAAUUGGCAUUAGAGGGUGAUCAAUUUAUGGUACCCCAAACCAAUGCAUUUGGCCAUAAUUUUAGGGACUACAAUAAUGCAGAAAGUGCAAGGCAACAAGGGGUAGAAAAUUUCUACAAAACACAACACAUACAUCAAACCUAUGACUUUGUCAAGAAAAUGAGACAAGAGUAUGCAAAUUUAGACAAGGCACAAAUGAGCAUAUGGGAAUGUUGUGAAUUACUCAACGAUGUUGUCGAUGACAGUGAUCCAGAUUUAGACGAGCCCCAAAUUCAACACUUGUUACAAAGUGCUGAAGCCAUUAGAAAAGAUUAUCCAAAUCAAGAAUGGCUUCAUUUAACUGCCCUAAUUCAUGACUUAGGGAAAAUUCUUGUUUUACCUAAGUUUGGAGGGCUUCCUCAAUGGGCAGUUGUAGGUGACACAUUCCCUGUUGGAUGUGCAUUUGAUGAAUCAAUUAUUCAUCACAAAUACUUCAAAGAAAAUCAAGAUUUUAACAACCCAAUUUACAACACUAAAAAUGGAAUUUAUUUUGAGGGUUGUGGACUAGAAAAUGUUAUGAUGUCAUGGGGUCAUGAUGAUUAUAUGUACAUGGUUGCAAAAGAGAAUGGUACAACAUUGCCAUCAGCUGGACUUUUUAUCAUAAGAUAUCAUUCAUUUUAUCCAUUGCAUAAAUCUGGAGCUUACAAACAUUUAAUGAAUGAAGAAGAUAAGGAGAAUUUGAAGUGGCUUCAUAUUUUUAAUAAAUAUGAUUUGUAUAGCAAAAGGAAAGUUAGGGUUAAUGUGGAAGAAGUCAAGCCUUACUACAUGUCUCUCAUUGGAAAAUAUUUUCCAGCAAAGCUAAGGUGGUGAAGAAGGUGAUGAGGAGUUGUAAAUAUAAUUUGUCUAUAUAUGGUAUAAAGUUGUAAAAUUUGUGUAAAGAAAAAAAAAACCAUCUCAGAUUGAGGAGUAUGUGUUAAAAGAGGAUGUUGUAUAGUGAAAAUAAGGAGACUUAAUAGUCCCAUAUCGGAAAUGGAAUGGGAAAUAUGUAAAUAUCCAUUCUUUUCCUAUUAGAAAUACUUGUUCAUAAAAAAUGAUAUUUAUAAAAUGGUAUACAAUAUUUAUAUUAUA